AUGUCAGCCCGAAGAGCGAGGUACAAGCCUGGAGCUGCGGGCGGCAGCGCUGCUGUUGCCGCGACUCAACCUCCGUCGUUCUCCAUACCCCUUACAGACACUUCCAAGCCCGUGGCAUUCCCAGCCAACUUCCAGAAGCACAUCGCCCUCGAGUUCGCCAUGCGGUACCUUUGCGAGCCUGCCGGCUGUGAAGAUACCAAGGGUGCUGCGACUGAGCGCUACAUCAAUGGCAACAGGGAGGGUAGGAAAAAUCUUCCCACACACACCAACGAGAAUCACAGGCCGGCUACGGCGACGCAACCAGCGUCAAGCAUGGGAAGAGCGAGUCCUCACAAGGUCAGCGUUUUCGUGGACGCCGUAUCAUCCGCCAUAGGGCCGGCUAUGAUGGAAACAACUACAGGCAAGGACGGUGCGCAUCGUGCUGAUACGGCUGGGGGGGCAGCAGCGACGAUGCCGUCGCCUCAGUCGAAAGCGGCAACAACCACCGCCCGCGACAGGAACGCCUGGCGCCGACAAAACGGCGACCUGGCCAUGAGGAACACCGAGACGAGUCGCGGGCUUCUUACCAACAACCGCAACUUCGAGAAGCGCGCUCAACGAGAGCGGGGCCAUCAGCACGGCCGACAAGCGAACACCGGAGCGUCCGGGGAUGGGGUUUCCAAAAGAAACCCGGUGGCUUUGCAACAGAAAGGGGGCGUGGGAGGUGAUGUUGCCGGGAGCGACGGCGGCGGUGGCGGAACUUUCGACGAGCAGGUGCCCUGCGAUGCGGUAGAGUUUGCUCAAGAGAGAAGAAAGAUGCUCGACCCUCCCAAGGUGGACAUGUCAGCUAUUGCAACGGUCCAAGCCGCUUUCGCCAGGAAUUUUUCGUUCCACAAGCACGGAGAAAAGUUCACAGAUAUUUCAGUGCGGUCGUCGCUCAAGAAUAUUAUCAUGUCCGAGGGUCCAGGGAGGCUAAUCGGGUUGCUGUCCCACUACCUGUACUGGAUCAUGUUGCUCCCCUUCGUGCUGGCGCAUAAGGACCGCGACGACUGCGUGCUUCUCAAGAACGACUACCGCUUGUCCAUGAGGAAACAGAAGAAGGAGAGAGAAAAGAGCAAGGAUUACAUCAGCACCCUUCACUCCGCAAGGAGGGCGCCAGGAGCCUGA